AAUAAUAAUAAUAAAAAAAUAAUUUUAGUUUCCAGAAUAUAUGAAGAAAAAGGGCAAAAGCGAGAAAAAAAAUUAAAAAUAAAAAGCAUCAACUGCAGAAGAGAGCUCCAUCGUCGCAUUUUGCAGCGAAUUUGGGAUGUCGGCUUUAGGGUUUGCGUGAAUCAUUCACGCCUUGAGGGUUGAAUAGAGGUGCAAGAAUAUGCAAAUGUUUGUGAUUAAGGUUUGAUAUUGGCUGAGGAGGUACAAAUUGUUGGCAAAUCUAUACUUGGAUAAAAUUUUCUGCAUAAUCAUUAAUCAUUAAAAUUUUGGGUUGGAAGCUAUGGUGUGGUUUAGGGUUGGUUCUGGUGUAGGCUCCGUGGCAAAGCAUGCCAUUAGGAGAACAUUGUGUCAAGGUGGAUCAUAUGCAACAAGAACACGGGUCCUUCCAUCACAGAACCGAUACUUUCACAGUACUGUCCUUAAGUCAAAGGCUCAAGCUGCUCCUGUCCCACGCCCUGUGCCCCUCUCUAGGCUAACUGAUAGCUUCUUAGAUGGCACAAGCAGUGUCUACCUAGAGGAGCUACAAAGAGCUUGGGAAGCUGACCCAAAUAGUGUUGAUGAAUCAUGGGACAACUUCUUCAGAAAUUUUGUGGGCCAAGCAGCUACAUCGCCAGGCAUAUCUGGGCAAACAAUUCAAGAAAGUAUGCGUUUGUUGUUACUUGUGAGAGCUUACCAGGUGAAUGGCCAUAUGAAAGCCAAGUUGGACCCAUUGGGACUGGAAGAACGUGAAAUCCCUGAUGAUUUAGACCCUGCUCUUUAUGGUUUCACAGAAGCUGAUCUUGAUAGGGAAUUCUUUCUUGGUGUCUGGAGGAUGGCUGGGUUCUUGUCUGAGAACCGCCCAGUACAGACCCUUAGAGCCAUACUAACCCGCCUUGAGCAGGCUUACUGUGGUAGCAUUGGUUACGAGUACAUGCAUAUUGCAGAUCGUGAUAAGUGUAACUGGUUGAGAGACAAGAUUGAAACUCCAACUCCAAGGCAAUACAAUCAGCAGCGGCGUGAGGUUAUUCUUGAUAGGCUUAUAUGGAGUACACAGUUUGAGAAUUUCUUGGCCACUAAGUGGACUGCAGCAAAGAGGUUUGGGCUUGAAGGUGGGGAGACUCUGAUUCCUGGCAUGAAGGAAAUGUUUGACAGAGCUGCAGAUCUUGGUGUUGAGAGUAUAGUUAUUGGAAUGUCUCAUAGAGGAAGAUUGAAUGUUUUGGGUAAUGUUGUUCGAAAGCCACUGCGUCAAAUUUUUAGUGAGUUUAGUGGUGGCACAAAGCCUGUGGAUGACGUUGGGCUCUACACAGGAACUGGUGAUGUCAAGUAUCACUUGGGAACAUCUUACGAUCGACCAACUAGAGGUGGGAGGAGAAUUCAUUUGUCUUUGGUUGCAAAUCCAAGUCACUUGGAAGCUGUAGAUCCAGUUGUGGUUGGAAAAACUAGGGCUAAACAGUAUUACUCUAACGAUUUGGAUAGGACAAAGAAUAUUGGUGUUUUGAUCCAUGGGGAUGGUAGUUUUGCAGGACAAGGUGUUGUCUAUGAGACUUUACAUCUUAGUGCUCUUCCUAACUACACUACUGGUGGAACCAUACACAUUGUAGUGAACAAUCAGGUGGCCUUCACAACUGAUCCAAGGUCAGGGAGAUCUUCACAGUAUUGUACUGAUGUUGCCAAAGCCUUGAAUGCCCCCAUUUUCCAUGUCAAUGGUGAUGAUAUGGAGGCAGUUGUUCAUGUGUGUGAGCUUGCUGCAGAGUGGCGCCAAACGUUCCAUUCAGAUGUUGUGGUUGAUGUAGUGUGUUAUCGUAGAUUUGGGCACAAUGAAAUUGAUGAGCCAUCUUUCACACAACCCAAAAUGUACAAGGUCAUCCGGAAUCACCCCUCAGCUCUUGAGAUAUACCAAAAAAAGCUUCUAGAACUUGGGCAGGCAACACAAGAAGAUAUUGAUAGGGUACAGAAUAAGGUCAACACAAUCCUCAAUGAAGAAUUCUUAGCCAGCAAAGACUAUGUUCCAAAUAGGAGAGAUUGGCUUUCAGCUUACUGGGCUGGAUUCAAGUCACCAGAACAGAUAUCACGUGUCCGAAAUACUGGGGUCAGACCAGAAAUCUUGAAGAAUGUUGGCAAAGCAAUCACAACUCUUCCAGAGAAUUUCAAGGCUCAUAGAGCGGUAAAAAAGAUUUUUGAUCUGCGUGCACAAAUGAUUGAAACAGGGGAAGGUAUUGAUUGGGCGGUUGGGGAAGCACUUGCUUUUGCAACUUUGCUGGUAGAAGGGAACCAUGUUCGUUUAAGUGGUCAGGAUGUCGAAAGAGGCACAUUUAGUCAUCGGCAUUCUGUAAUUCAUGAUCAGGAGACUGGGGAGAGGUACUGUCCUUUGGACCAUGUUAUCAUGAAUCAGAAUGAAGAGAUGUUUACUGUCAGCAACAGCUCGCUCUCAGAGUUUGGUGUCCUUGGAUUUGAAUUGGGUUACUCAAUGGAAAAUCCAAAUGCUUUGGUAAUGUGGGAAGCUCAAUUUGGUGAUUUUGCCAAUGGGGCUCAGGUGAUAUUUGAUCAGUUCUUGAGCAGUGGGGAAUCAAAGUGGCUGCGUCAGACUGGGCUUGUUGUGCUGCUUCCUCAUGGUUAUGAUGGCCAAGGCCCCGAACAUUCAAGUGCACGCUUAGAGCGUUUCCUUCAGAUGAGUGAUGACAAUCCAUAUGUUAUACCUGAGAUGGAUCCAACUCUUAGGAAGCAGAUCCAGGAAUGCAAUUGGCAGAUUGUGAACGUCACAACUCCUGCUAAUUAUUUCCACGUUCUUCGGCGACAGAUACACAGGGAAUUCCGCAAGCCCCUCAUUGUGAUGUCUCCAAAGAACUUGCUACGUCAUAAAGACUGCAAAUCAAAUCUAUCUGAAUUUGAUGAUGUCCAAGGCCACCCAGGUUUUGACAAACAAGGGACAAGAUUCAAGCGCCUCAUAAAGGACCAGAAUGACCACUCAAGUCUGGAGGAGGGUAUCAGACGCUUGAUUCUUUGCUCUGGAAAGGUUUAUUAUGAGCUGGAUGAACAGAGAAAGAAAGUCAAGGCUAAUGACGUUGCCAUUUGUAGGGUUGAACAGCUUUGUCCAUUCCCAUAUGACCUCGCUCAGCGAGAGCUGAAGCGAUAUCCAAAUGCGGAGAUUGUAUGGUGCCAAGAGGAACCCAUGAAUAUGGGUGCAUACAACUACAUUUUACCCCGCCUUUGUACUGCAAUGAAAGAGGUGGACAGAGGUACUGUGGAGGAUGUCAAGUACGUUGGCCGGGCUCCAUCUGCUGCCACAGCCACUGGCUUCAGCUCGUUGCAUACCAAAGAACAGACUGAACUUGUGCAGAAAGCCUUGCAGCCCGAACCAAUCAAUUAUCCUUUCUGAUGCCCACCAGAAACCAAGAAAAACCAAUCUCAAAAGGGAAUAAUCACACAUGGAGUAUCGCCAUGUGGUGCACAGUCUGAACCUUGGCUAUAAAAUUCUCUUGAUUUUGAUAUCGCUUGUUUUGUUCUCUAAUUUUUUUCCCUGUCUGCUAAUGCAUGAUGACAUUCAUGUUCACACAUGAGUUGAAGAGCGCGACUUCAGAUAUAUUCCAUCUUUCAAGCACUACACAUAAAAGGAUUUGUCACGACAACUGUGAAUUAAUCCUUCUUACAAUUAUUUGUCUGUGAAACAUUUUCGCUGUAAUACCAUCAUCCUUUCUGUUUAUUUGUA